GCUCCUUGGGCUCGGGGGCGGCAGCCAGAAGCAGCUUCGCGCCGAGUUCCCGGGGGAGCGGCGGCGGCGGUGGCUGCGGCUUUGGUGGCGGCGGCGGCGGCGGUGGUGGCGGCGGCGGCGGCGUCCUGGGGCUGGAAGGACGGGAACACCUGCCGCGGCUCGCCCGCCGGCGCUGGGACCUCUGCUUUCCAGGAAGAUAAAAGGCUUUUAAAGCUGCCUAGCACUGGAAGGAUAGGCUCUGGAUGCUGUGGGAUGGAGCAGGUGUGCCGAGGGUGAGGACCCACGCUCUGGGAUCCAUUCAUUUGCUGCCUGCCUUAGCAAGAUCGUCAGCUUGAGCAAACUUGGCCCAGGAUGAGGAUGCCUGUGGGCCUCCCGCUGCUGUUCCCCCUCUGGGGGAGGACCUUCCUCCUCUUCCUCCUGUCUGCAGCUGUGGCUCAGUCCCGCUGGCCCAGUGACCCCUCAGAGCCUGUCAGGGACUGGGAGAACCAGCUUGAGGCGUCCAUGCACUCCGUGCUGUCAGACCUGCACGAGGCGGUCCCCACAGUGGUUGGCAUUCCUGAUGGCACAGCUGUGGUCGGGCGCUCGUUUCGAGUGGCCAUUCCAACAGAUCUAAUUGGCUCCAGUGGAGACGUCAUCAAGGUAUCAGCAGCAGGAAAGGAGGCUUUGCCAUCUUGGCUGCACUGGGAUCCGCAGAGCCACACCCUGGAAGGCCUUCCCCUGGACACUGACAAAGGGGUGCACUAUAUCUCAGUGAGUGCUGCACGGCUGGGGGCCAACGGCAGCCACAUCCCCCAGAUGGCCAGCGUCUUCUCCAUCGAGGUCUACCCCGAGGACCACAGUGAGCCACAGUCUGUGCGGGCGACCUCUCCAGACCCAGGCGAGCUGGCGCCCUCUGCCUGUGCUGCCGAUGAGCCUGUGACUGUCUUGACAGUGAUUCUAGAUGCCGAUCUCACCAAGAUGACCCCGAAGCAAAGGCUUGACCUCCUGCACCAGAUGCAAAGCUUCUCGCAGGUAGAGCUCCAUCACAUGAAGCUGGUGCCCGUGGUGAACAACAGACUGUUUGAUAUGUCUGCCUUCAUGGCUGGUCCUGGAAAUGCAAAAAAGGUGGUGGAGAAUGGGGCUCUGCUCUCCUGGAAGCUGGGCUGCUCGUUGAACCAGAACAGUGUGCCUGACAUCCGUGGCGUGGAAACCCCUGCCAGGGAGGGCACCAUGUCUGCCCAGCUCGGCUACCCUGUGGUGGGCUGGCACAUUGCUAAUAAGAAGCCGCCUCUCCCCAAACGUGUCCGACGGCAGAUCCAUGCCACACCCACCCCUGUUACUGCCAUUGGCCCCCCAACCACGGCCAUCCAGGAGCCACCAUCCCGCAUCGUGCCCACCCCAACAUCCCCAGCCAUUGCUCCUCCCACAGAGACCAUGGUGCCUCCUGUCAGAGACCCUGUUCCCGGGAAGCCCACAGUCACCAUUCGGACCCGAGGUGCCAUUAUUCAGACUCCAACCCUGGGCCCCAUCCAGCCUACUCGGGUGCUAGAAGCUGGCACCACAGUUCCUGGUCAGAUUCGCCCAACAGUGACCAUUCCUGGCUAUGUGGAGCCCACAGCUGUUGCUACCCCUCCUACAACUACAACCAAAAAACCACGUGUGUCCACACCAAAACCAGCAACGCCCUCAACUGACUCAACCACCACAACUCGCAGGCCAACCAAGAAACCACGGACCUCCAGGCCAGUGCCCCGGGUCACCACCAAGGCACCCAGCACUAGGCUGGAAACGGCCUCACCACCAACUCGUGUCCGCACCACCACCAGUGGGGUGCCCCGUGGCGGGGAACCUAACCAGCGCCCUGAACUCAAGAACCACAUUGAUAGGGUGGAUGCCUGGGUCGGCACCUACUUUGAGGUGAAGAUCCCAUCAGAUACCUUCUAUGACAAGGAAGACACGACCACCGACAAGCUGAAACUGACCCUGAAGCUGCGGGAACAACAGCUGGUGGGCGAGAAGUCAUGGGUACAGUUCAACAGUAACAGCCAGCUCAUGUAUGGCCUCCCUGACAGCAGCCAUGUAGGCAAGCACGAGUAUUUCAUGCACGCCACCGACAAGGGGGGCCUGUCGGCUGUGGAUGCCUUUGAGAUCCAUGUCCACAAGCGCCCUCAAGGGGACAAAGCACCUGCACGCUUCAAGGCCAAGCUGGCCGGUGACCCCACACCGGUGGUAAAUGACAUCCACAAGAAAAUUGCCCUGGUGAAGAAGCUGGCCUUUGCCUUUGGCGACCGCAACUGCAGCACCAUCACCCUGCAAAACAUCACACAUGGCUCCAUUAUAGUGGAAUGGACCAACAACACGCUGCCACAGGAGCCCUGCCCCAAGGAGCAGAUUGCUGGGCUUAGCCGGAGGAUCGCUGAGGACAAUGGGCAGCCUCGGCCGGCCUUCUCCAACGCCCUGGAGCCUGACUUCAAGGCCCUGAGUGUUGCCGUCACAGGUUCUGGCAGUUGUCGGCACCUGCAGUUCAUCCCAGUGCCACCGCCCGGUACCCCGUCUUCAGUGACACCCCUCACGGAGGUGCCAGACAGGGACCCCGAGAAGAGCAGUGAGGAUGACGUCUACCUGCACACGGUCAUUCCGGCCGUGGUGGUUGCUGCCAUCCUGCUCAUUGCUGGUAUCAUUGCCAUGAUCUGCUACCGCAAGAAACGGAAGGGCAAGCUCACCCUGGAGGACCAGGCCACUUUCAUCAAGAAGGGUGUGCCUAUCAUCUUUGCUGAUGAGCUGGAUGACUCCAAGCCCCCACCCUCUUCCAGCAUGCCCCUCAUCCUGCAAGAGGAGAAGGCCCCUCUGCCCCCACCAGAGUAUCCCAACCAGAGUGUGCCCGAGACAACUCCUCUGAACCAGGACACUGUGGGAGAGUACACACCCCUGCGGGAUGAGGAUCCCAAUGCGCCUCCCUACCAGCCCCCACCACCCUUCACAGCACCCAUGGAGGGCAAGGGCUCGCGUCCCAAGAACAUGACCCCUUACCGGUCACCUCCUCCUUAUGUGCCCCCUUAACCCACAAGCGCCUGGGUGGAGGCAGGGGUAGGGCAGGGGCCUGGAGACAACGCAAGGUUGUCUGUGGAGACCAGUGGCCCGCAAACCAUUGUCCACCCACCGGGAGCUGACGCCAGACCUAGCACACACUGACACACGGGGCCUGGACAAGCCCGCCCUCUCUGGUCCUCCCAAACCCCCCAAAGCAGCUGGAAAGACUUUGGGGACUUUUUUUAUUUUUAUUUUUGCCUAACAGCUUUUUUGUUUGUUCAUAGAAAAUUCUUCGCUGCGUUUUUGGUGGCUGGCUCUGAAAGCACCAUGUGGAGUAGAGAUAGCUGGGGGGGCGCGAGGAACCGUGAAUGAACUCGCAGGCAGUGCCGGGCAGCCCCCCGGCUCUCUGCGUUUUGCCUUUAACACUAACUGUACUGUUUUUUCUAUUCACGUGUGUCUAGCUGCAGGAUGUAACAUGGAAAACAGUAGCUAAAGAUUAAAUUCAAAGGACUUUCAGAAGUUAAUGGGUUAAGUUUUUACAUUUAAUCUGCUGUUUACCUAAACUUGUAUGUAUAAUUUUUGGGUGGGUAUGGGGAAUUGGUUUGCUAAAAAUAAGCUCCCAGGGUGUUUCAAACUUAGAGAAGACCAAGGGACAGUAUUUUUUAUCAAAGGAAUCCUAUUUUUUCACACUAUGUCAACUUGGUUGCUCUGAUAUCCCAGAGCCUAAGCGGGGGCCAGAAGACCCCCGCUCAGGGGCCGGGGCCCUGGUGCUGGAUUUGUUCUCCUGUGGUAGACAGGAGCUGGAAGCUGGAGGGGCCUCUUGGGCCGUGGACAUCCCCACCUCCACCCCAUGCACGCUUGUGGCCCACCACCAAGGGGGUCUUCAUUCCCAUGGGAAAGGGACUCCAAGAGGCAGUGGUGGCCAUGGCCCCCACCCUAGGUGCUCCAAGGUGGGCCAGCUGCUCAUGGGGGCGCCUGGGGAGGUAGAGGGACUCAACCACAUUGACCCAUUUUCUUUUACCUUUCUUCUUCUUUCCCCCUCUUCCCUUUUCACACCCCGCCCUCUCCCCCAAAAAAGGAAUACCACAGCUUUUGAAACACUCAGUGGGGGACAUUUUGGUGAAGAUGCAAUAUUUUUAUGUCAUGUGAUGCUCUUCCCUCACUUAACCUUGGCCACUUUGUCCCAGCAGUCCACAGCCCUGCCCUGAUCCCAGUCUACCCCUAUUCUCUGGCGCUCCAGUCCCCGGCCUUGGGCCCAAACCAACGACUGGAAAAGCUGUGGUGGCCAGGGAGGAGUGCCAGCAAUAGUUCAUAGUAACAGAUCUGUGGGCUCUCAAAGCUAAUUUUUUACUAAAAGUUUUUAUACAGCCUCAAAUUGUUUUAUUAAAAAAAAUAGAUUAAAAAUGGUGAUGCUUACAGCAGUUUGUACAAGCUCUUAGUGUCAAUUCCAUGGACCCUGACGGCUUUGCUCGUAUUGAUUUUUUUUUUUCCUCCUCCCUCCCCCUUUUCCUAACAGUUUAAAUUCUGGAAUUACACUGGGCCUCUUUCGCCUUUUUUAGCAAGAACGUCCGUCUGUCCAUCUACAUCUCUGUCCCAUGACUCAGGGGCGCCCGCUGUGCUUCGACUCUCCUCGUUUGGAAGCAGCAUGACUUUUCUUGGUGUCCAAGUUAUUUUGGGUCCCUUUUAGGGAGGAAUGCCUUUCGCAAUAAUGUCGCCCUCUCCUGGUCUGGGAUGGGUGGGUGGGUGGAUCCGGAGCAACUACUUUCUAAGCCAUAUCGACUAUUUUGCAGAGGGUUCAUGUGUGUGCUGCCUCAGGAGGGCAGGGCAGGGCUGGCCAGGAGGGGCAGGAUCUCCCUUCUGCCAUGUCUGGAGGGCUCUUCUGCUUGGCUCUCCUCCCACAGGCCCCAGACCCCAGUCCCUAGCAGGGUCCUCCGAAAUAAGCGGUGCCCCUGUGGGAGCUCCCAGUGGACAGCAGUGACUAUUGGGCCUGGAGCCUCCAAGCCCUGGUCCAAGCCAGAGUUUCCCUGAUGCCUCAGAGUCAGGAGCACAAGUGGAAUCUGACCCGGGUGAGAUUCUUUCUGAUGACCUUGUCAAAAAAUAAACAAUUCCUACUGUUCCAGGUAAGGGCUUUGAAAGGCCUUCCAAAGAGCUCCGUUGCCGCAGGCAACCCCACCAUCGGGCACCGCUGCACAGAGACAGGCCUGGCCCCAAUGGCCUGUUGCCUUAGCAACCGGAGCCGAUGGGGCAGUGAACAGAAUAAUAACAGCAACAAUGCCUUCACAGGCAGCCUCCCCUGCGUGCUGGGCUGGCUAGUCGGCCGUUGGACUCUGUUAGACGGAGAGCCACUCUCACACUCAAGUUCACCAACCACUGACGUGUUUUGAUUUCCUUCUACAUGAUUUUACGAUGUGUUUUCUGCAUUCUGUAUAGAAACAUAUCAAACUAAAUAAAAGCAGCGUCUUUAUUACAAUG